AUGACUUCGCCGAAAGUGAAGACCUUUCCCACAAUUUCCACAGUCCGCACCUUCAUCAUCGACGGCGUCGGCUCCGGCGGCGACUACCACAACGUCUCCGGCGGACACUGGCUGAUCGACGCCAAGAUCGCGACGCCCAUGUCCAAAUGGGCCAACUACCGCUCCUCGCGCACCACCUUCGGCAUCAACGUCCUCGGCUCCUUCUGCGUCGAGCUCGAAGCCACCGAUGGCACGAAAGGCUUCGCUACGGGUUUCGGCGGCCCACCCGCUUGUUGGCUCGUGCAGCAGCAUUUCGAGCGGUUUCUGUUGGGGCGGGACCCCAGGGACACGAAUGAUCUGUUCGAGCAGAUGUACCGGGCGAGCAUGUUCUACGGGCGGAAGGGGCUGCCGGUGGCGGUGAUCAGUGUGAUUGAUCUCGCGAUCUGGGAUUUGUUGGGGAAGAUCAGGGGAGAGCCGGUGUAUAAGAUGAUUGGAGGAGCGACGAAGGAGAAAGGGAGAAUUGAUUUCUAUUGUACGGGACCGGAGCCCAAGGCGGCGAAGGAGAUGGGGUUCAAGGCCGCGAAGGUGCCGUUGCCGUACAGUGCGGAGGAGGAGGAUAGUCUGAGGAAGAAUGUGGAGUUUCUGCGGAAGCAUAGGGAGGAUGUGGGGCAUGGGUUCCCAUUGAGGGUGGAUUGUUGGAUGAGUCUGAAUGUGCAGUAUGUGAUUGAGUUGGUGAGCGAAUGUAAGAGGUUGGAUUUGAGGAUUGAUUGGUGGGAGGAGACGUUGAGUCCGGAUGAUAGCGAGGGAUUCAAGACUAUCAAGAGAGCGCAUCCGGAUACGAAGUUUACGACGGGGGAGCAUGAGUUUUCGAGGUAUGGGUUUAGGGACUUGUUGCUGGAGAGGAAUAUCGACAUUAUUCAGCCGGAUGUGAUGUGGUUGGGCGGGCUAACGGAGUUGCUGAAGGUGUCGGCGAUGGCAGCGGCAUUCGAUAUUCCGGUCAUACCGCAUGCUUCGGGGUCAUACUCGUAUCAUUUUGUGGCAAGCCAGCAUAACUCGCCGUUUCAAGAGUACUUGGCCAACUCGCCGGACGGCAAGAGCGUGUUGCCCGUUUUUGGAGACUUAUUUCUGGAUGAGCCGAUCCCGACGAAUGGGUAUCUGGACAUCUCGGAGCUGGAUAAGCCUGGAUUUGGGCUGACGUUGAAUCCUAAGGCACGGUUGGUGGACGCGACAGGGCUGUUGGGCAUGAAGCCACAAAAAAGUCCGUCAGUUCAGGCGCCGACAGAGAAAGAGCAGACGAAGACUGGCGGCAAUUGA